AUGUUUAUUUUAUGUUUUGUAGAAGGCGAGGGCGGUCGUGGUGGUGAGGGUGGUCAAGGUGGUCAAGGAGGUUUUGAAGGUGGCCAGCGUGAAGGACACCAUGGUCAUCAUCAUCAUCAUGGAGGUCAAGGCGGAGGACAAGGCGAAUGUGGAGGACAAGGCGAACGUGGCGGUGAACGUGGAGGACAAGGUGAAUGUGGAGGCCAAGGCGGAGGACAAGGCCAAUUUGGUGGUGAACGUGGAGGACAAGGCGAAUUUGGCGGUGAACGUGGUGGACAAGGCGAACGUGGAGGACAAGGUGAAUUUGGUGGUGAACGUGGUGGACAAGGCGAACGUGGAGGACAAGGUGAAUUUCGCGGUGAACGUGGCGGGGAAGGUGAACGUGGAGGCCAAGGAGGUCAAGGAGACCAGUACUGA